GUGUGUGUGUGUGUGUGUGUGUGUGUGUGUGUGUGUGUCAGGUAUUGUUUGUUGAGGACUCUGAAGCAGUGUCAGAUGCAGAGGGAUCUCCUGUUGAAUGCUGGGAAAGAGCUGGCGUGGCACGGCAGGACUCAGAGCGAGCCGGCGCAUUACUGCAGCAUCUGUGAGGUGGAGGUGUUCGACCUGCUUCUGGUCACCACGGAGAGCAACAGCAGGAAGACGUACGUGGUUCACUGUCAGGACUGCGCCCGGCGAGCCGACCUCGACAACUUCGUGGUUCUGGAGCAGUACAAGAUCGAGGACCUGAUGCACGUCUACGACCAGUUCACACUCGUGAGUCUCAAGAGGACCUUAUGUUUCAGACCAGAGUGGAGCAUCUUAGAGACAUAGGGGACAUUCCCAUUAUGUGCCCUGAUACAUGUACGUUUUGAACUAGAAAUAUGUGGUGAAAUAGCACGAGGAGAGUCAACAUUAGCUGUUAGCACUCGUGUUCAGCACUUACCUGCUUGUUCACGGCCAGUUCCCACUCGUGAGUCUCAAGAGGAACAAAAACACGUCUCAUUAGGAUCAGAAUGGAGCAUCUAAUGGCGCAUUUCCACUACAGUGCGGUGUCAGCGUGCCCGGCCUGUUUUUUGGAUGCGUUUCCACUUGGCGUAGUUCCGGCUAGCGGGUACUGUUUCACAGUUUCUCUGGCUCUCAACAAUCCAGGUUCUUUCCGGGCCAACAACCAGGCUGAGUCGGGCUGAGUAUGC